AUGGAAGAAAUAAAUACGGAACUUUUGAUAAGUUUAAUAGAAGAAAGGCCCGCUAUAUGGGAUAAAACGUUGAACAUUUAUAAAGAUAAAAAUAUAAAAGAAUCUGCAUGGAGGGAGAUAUGUGUAAUAUUAAAGGAAGGUUUCGAGGAAAAAGAACAAAAAGAAAGACAAGAAUUCGGUAAACUUGUUUUAAAAAAAUGGACACAUAUCAGAGACUCUUGGUCAAAAUCUAUUAAAAGAUACAAAGAGCAAAAACAAUCUGGUUCUUCUACCAAGUCUUCAAAACUUUAUGUGUUUCAUGAACAAAUGUCGUUUUUGAACAAAAUUAUAGACACAACUGUUGCUCAUGAAAGCACUGAUAAUAAUAAAAACGAAGAAAAUAAAUCAGACGAUGCUAAUGAUGAGGCAAAGAAUCAAGAUGAAAUUGUUGAAGAUGCAAAAAGGCCUAGAAGUAUUCCAGAAUCUGUGAGCAAAAAGAAUCAUUACGAAAAUCCUGCUUAUUACAAUCAACCGCAAAUAAAUACAGUGCCAUUACCAAUGAUGAAUCCAAGGGUUGAACCUGUAAAAUCGCCUGCAGCACUAUCCACAAUAUCUACUACAAGCCAAGCAUCUGAUUGUUCUCUUAUAGACCUGGAUCUACAAAAUUUCUAA